AUGAUAACACUCGCACUGUUCGUGUCACUCCUCUUGGCGGUAACAAGGCGUUAUUCUGGUAAGUAUGUCCAUUUGGUUUCUAACAAUUUCAGUGUUAAUUUGACAAUUAACUGAGAGAUUUCUUGUGCUGUUUGGUCAUUCGAGCGCUAUGGUCGAUGUUAGUUUUUUAAAAACUUUUUUAGGAGCGGCCGUGAAUGUCUCUAGUAGGGAGGGUGCAUUUAGACACCCACGGCUGCUUACGGCACAGUUCGUGUUAUCAUCCUCCGCCUUCGGCCAUGGCUUAUAAUACUUACAAAGACCUUGACCGACCUCAUUUAAUAAUUGGCUUGCAUUGUUCAUUAUCGUUAAGUCACAAGAGUCAAAAGUGCCCAAUUUGAUCCUUUUUAGCUUUGGAAUGCCCAGAAACGUGGAAAGAAUUUGAAGGCUUUUGCUACAAGGUUAUGGAUAGGCUCGGUUAUCGGCGGAGAUAUGCUUGGUCAACAGCUUUAAGCGGAUGUUUUGGGUUUGAAGCAUCCUCGGAGACCCAGGGGCAGUUAGUCGGGUCGAUAAAAUGUUCGUGGUGAAAGUUUUCUGUAAGAUCGAGACGAGCCCCUGGGCACUUACUCUUACCGAACCAGUUCCAGAAGCGUUUGAAUUGCCUGCUUCUGAUUGGCCAGAAAAAUUUUUUUCUGGCCAAUCAGCGAAGAGAAGCUGCCCGGUGACUCUCCUGUUUUCUUACACGACGUAGUCUUCAUCAUCGAUCGCUACAGUUGCGUAGCGCGUUCAACGGGAAGGUUUCUAAGGUGAAGGUUCAGAACAAAAUGUUAACAACCCGCAAAAUUGCAACCUUUAGCACGGCUACAAGAAACACUCUCCGAUGAAUUUUUAGGGCGGAUCUUUCCAAGGUAUCGUAAAUUUUUAUUGCUGAUACGAUACGCGAUGCAUGACUUUAACUUUCCACACCUUAAUUUGCUCACAGUAUAGUAUACAACGCCAAGCUUACAUUUUAGAUGUCCAUGUUCGUUGCACGACUUCUGAAACUUUCUACAGCGUGAAAAUUUCCGUUGCACGGGCCACGCAACUACGUCGAUUGAUCGUGGGAAAUGCCGGCUAGCUGCAGUGCCUUCUUCUUGCUUUUGCUCCAAACUCCUUUCGAAACUUUUAAGCUUAAAAGCUUACAGCAGUUGACCGUUCGAAUUCUACCGAAGUUGAUAGUAGUGUUAACUUUAGAUUCGAGGGAGACCUCCAGCAAGCGCUUGAAGAAUUAAAAGGCUUGUCUUUGUUUCCUGUGGUACAGUUCAAAGCGAAGCAAAGAUUUAUUAUUGAGAAGAUUGUGGAAAGAAGAGAUGUUUUUGGGCAAUUGAUAGAAGAGUCUAACCUUCCAAAUGUUGGGAAAGGGGAAAGCAAAACAAAAGAUCGGGAAAUAUUGAAUGGAUAGGGAGCAUUUUCUUUGUUGUACGGAAGCCCGGAAUCAUUAACUGGGGGACAAGAAAUUCAGGGCAAUGUUCUUUAAGGAGUUUUACCAGAAGAAUUCCGUUGCAGGUACAUACAGCUGUUCAUUGGUAAGUAUGCUGAUUUGUUUACUAUGAAAGGUGUUACACUGAAUUCAUUGUGGGGAGUUCUGAAGGGGUUAAAUGAGAUGUUGUUGCUCUGGGAAAAUGGUAUUUAAGUCACUGGCAGGGAGAUUCUAUCACUGAGAAUGGGAAAAAACAUAAAAAAAUGGGAAUUGAGGGUUAAACAGUUUCAAUGGGAUUGAUAUCUCCCCUUCAGGACCCUCAUUAUACUUAACAGUAGAUCUGGCUUUUAUUCAAGGACGCUCAGUAAUCUUAUGUCUAAAAGCUGACAGACACUUCACAAGAAUUAUCAUGUUUUUUUGUCACCAUUUAUUAACAAUUGAAAGCUAAUGAAGUAAGCCUUGUGACUGCUUAAGAUAAUAGUGCAAUUGAACAUUUACAUAUUAUAAAUGGAAAAACACCCCAUAAUACAGAACUACAGAUGCCAUUAUAUUAAUUUUAUUUUUAAGCUGUUGAGAUUUUUUUUUUACUUUUUUAUUGGAGUUCACAUGUCUACUUAUAACACUGCUUGAGUUAUGUAUAUACUAGGGAGCUGUAAUAUUUUAUUUUAUUUUAAAUUUGUUAAUAAACAUUUAUGCUGGGGUAUUUGUUGGUGAUUUUUUCCAUCCCAAAGGGUUUGUUUUACUAGGUGGCCAACAAGUAUACUUGAGUAUAUUAUUUGAAAACUGUCUAGAAAAAUGGGGUGUGCAUUAUGUUCGGGUGCACAUUAUACACAAGUAAAUAUGGUAUACGUACACAUAACAUACAAAAACUGUUUUCCAACACUCUCUGGAAAAAAGGGAAUUGGGCUGAAAUUGUCUCUUACUGUUUUCGAUAAUUCUAAAAGUCUUUCUUCUCUUAGAUUUUAUUAAGGGUACAACCUGCAGAAGAGAAAAAAACUCCUUCCUUUUUUGAUGACAGUAAUGAAAACAGCAGAAUCAUUCCAAGCCACUUAUGUUGCAACAUCAGUGCCAAAGACUGUUAGUCUGCUUAAAGAAAAUCAAGAUGAUCUGUGACAGGAAUUUCAAGAAUCAAAUCUUAACUGCUUGUAUUCUAGAAUUUGUAUUCUCUGAUUGUCUUCUACAGGAAACAAUAAUUGAUAAUUGUAAUAAAUUAUGUGGAAAGUAUUUUAGAGACACUGUGUGGAAUGGUGACCAUGCAAUGAAGGUUUUUACCUUUCUGAAGAGGGUGUUUAACGAUUUAAAAAUAAUUAUCAAUGAAGAAUAUUAUUGUCAGAUGAGGAGAAUUAUGAUAGGGAAGUUAUGAAAUAUCAAACAAAUGCACCAAAGGAAAAUUGUUAAUAUUGCAGCAUUAUUUUUUCAAAAAAAGUCCAAUCUUGUACCAUCAAUUCCAAGGGAGUUAAAACAAUGGCACUGUGGAUGUGUUUGAGGGGGUCAUUAAGGGGAAACAUCAAGUCAAUCAAAGAUAAAUAGUUUGGCAAAAAAAUCAUAUUAUGUGAAAUUACUUUUAUACAUGUAUUUGUUAAAAGAUAUCUUAUAAUAGAAAUUCAUUUCUACUAUAAUAUAUGUUAUUAGCCAUAAUUCUAAUCACAGUGAAGAUUAACCCAGGUUCUCUUAUGCGGUUUAGUAAGCCAGAGACCCAGGUCCGUGAAAUCAAAAGCUGAAGUUGGAUCUUUGGAAAGUGUCCCUAUUCCUUGGUCUCUUCUCCCUGGGAUUUCGUUAAGAGCGUUCACUUCUUGUAAAGUUUUAGUGACUACAAAAAUAUCUAUAUAGACAUCCCACCCUUCCACGAUUUCUCAACUCUGUACCUACACGUGUCAAACACUGCGCGUUUAUCGCCCUCCAAAACUUUCACACCAACCACUUUCAAACAUUUUCGCAAACUCACCUUUAUUUUUUUUUCUUCACUUAUCCGUAAAAAUAAACCCACACAGCCAGCAAAAAUCGGCCUCACUUAACAAGUCAGGAUUCAGCGCAUAGCCGGACCAAGAUUUCGAACUAAACACAACGGCUGUAUUUAAAAUACGUACGGUAAGGGAGUUUGGCACGAAAGCAAGAAGGUGCGUGCACUGCAGCAAGCCAGCAAUUCCCACGAUCAAUCGACGUAGUUGCGUGGCCCGUGCAACGGAAAUUUUCACGCUGUAGAACGUUUCAGAAGUCGGGCCACGAACAUGGACAUCUAAAAUGUAAGCUUGGCGUUGUAUACUAGACAAAGUGAGCAAAUCAAGGAGUGGAAAGUGAAAGUCAUGCAUCGCGUAUCGUAUCAGCAAUAAAAAUUUACGAUACCUUGGAAAGAUCCGCCCUAAAAAUUCAUCGGAGAGUGUUUGUUUCUUGUAGCCGUGCUAAAGGUUGCAAUUUUGCGGGUUGUUAACAUUUUGUUCUGAAACUUUCCUCGAGAAACUUUCCCCGUUGAGCGCGCUACCCAACUAUAGCGAUCGAUGAGGAAGACUACGUCGUGUAAGAAAACACGAGAGUCACCGGGCAACUUCUCUUCGCUGAUUGGCCAGAAAAAAAUUUUUCUGGCCAAUCAGAAGCAGGCAAUUCAAACGCUUCUGGAACUGGCUCGGUAAGAGUAAGUGCCCAGGGGCUCGUCUCGAUCUUACAGAAAACUUUCACCACGAACAUUUUAUCGACCCGACUAACUGCCCCUGGGUCUCCGAGGAUGGGUUUGAAGGAGACCUGGUAAGUAUAUCGAAUGAAAAGGAAAUGAAGUUUGUCCAUGACAUGGCUUUCAAGGACGCAAACCGCACUUCUGUUUGGAUUGGGUUGGCGUAUCGGCAUCAAAAGGGUGGAUAUGUAUGGAACAAUGGAAAAUCGUUUAACAUUUCUGUUUCUGUCCAGCGGCUGAACAUGUCGAGAAUUGUUUAUGAAAAUAAAUGCGUCGAAAUCUUGAAAAGUGGCUGGAACCUCACCGAAUGUUGCAAGGAAAAUAAACAUCUCAUCUGCAAGAGACCGAAAGGUGAGUUGUUCCUGUGUGGGAACUCGACAUUGAAAAUGAUGGGAAGUUCCAAUCGUACCAGGUACGACCCAAACACAGGUAAAAUUUGAUCCAUUAAGGCGCUUAAACUCUUAAACGGACUUUAGAUAGCCUUUACGCCUUUAAAUUUUAGGCAGGCUAGAUUCUACCCUGAUAUUUGGCUUUUUCCAUUUGUUUUCUCGUUUUUUUUCGCAGUCAUUUUAACCUCAAUUAUAACCUUGCUGGGUUAAAGGAGAUUAUUUGGUGGUUACAAUGCAAUUUUUGUCACAAGACCAGCCAAAGCCCAUAAUUAUGCAAAUUUUACAUGUUAGAAUUAUCACACCCAAACACAUAUUAAAGAUCCUAAUUUUUCUUGUAUUCUAUUUUUAAAAAAUGAAAUAUAACAACUGAUUGAUUACCGGGAAAUUUUAGAAUAUUAUAUUCCUUGUUCUCUGAUUCUCGUCCCAGUCUCUCUAACGUUUACAGCUGUGCCAUGAUUCAUAUUGGUUUCAAACUAUUUGCUCUGUAAAUGUUUCACUAAUGAGGUCCAUUGGCCUGUUCUGCUGGUUGGUUUUUCAAUGGAGUAUCUUGCUACAAGGAAAAUGGAAACGGUACCUGGGAAGGUGCACGACAAGGGUGUACUGCUUCCGGAGGUGAUUUAGUGAAGGUUGAUGAUGAUAAUCAAAAACAAUUUUUGAUUCACUUCAUGGAGGUCACCGGUCUGAAGAAACCCAACGUAGAUGUAAGUAUCGAGUCAUUAACUCUUUGAGCUUCAUGAUCACAUGAUCAGCAUGAAAUUUCUCCAUGUAAUAUUAAUGCAUUAUAAAACAUAGUAGUCACAAGAAUUAAUUAUAUAAGAACAUGAUCACCAGAGGUGAAUGCAACUGAUUCUUAAUAUAUAUAAUACUUAUAAGACGCACCAUUUUUUACAAGAAAAUAUGCUUGUUUGAUCAAAAUCUGCUCAAAACUCGGGGUGCGUCUUAUAACCGAGUAUUUUCGCGCAACAAAAUAUAACUUUUCCAAAUUUCCCAAAUAAAUAAUGCUAAACUGAAAUGACUAUGUAAAUAAAUAUCUGUAAAUGAAUAAACAAAAGACAAACAACGUUGAUCAUUGACUUUAUAUGAUUUGUUGGUUCUGAAAAGAACCGGGGUGGCUCUGAAAAGAACUGUUGGUUUGAAAGCUCGGCUGAGCUCAGCUACUCGUCGUCCUCGCCUUCGGUGUCUGUCUCGAACUCGUUGUCGAUCGGCUCUUCUGCGUCUUCUGCUUCUUCUUCCUCGUCGUCCCAAACCGCAUCAUCUUCAGUUCCAUCGAGAGCAUUGUUGAUGCCACAGGACUUGAACGAUCUUGUUAUCAACUGGGAUCUCUCUCCAUGCUCGGUCGAUCCACCGCAACACUAUCUCUUUACUGGGCGCUCGCUUCUUUCCGGAAGGCGUGUAGGUAAACGGGCGGUUAACCAUCCAGGCUUCGUACUGCGCACGGACCUUUGCUUUGAAUGGCUUAUUGAUGCACUUAUCCAGGGGCUGGAGAACUGGAGUGAGGCCACCGGGAAUUACGGCAACAUCGACGUUUCGUCUGUCAAGUAGAUCCCAAACGAGAAGUCUUCGAUGUUCAGGCGUAAAUCGAAGAUUCUUCCGAAUCCACUCCUUGGUUCCUAUAAGGUAGAAAAAAAACGCUGGUUAGACUACAGUUAAAGACGACUUUCUAACGAGUGUUUCCAAGGGAGCAAAGAGCGAACGUGCUAAAAAGCACGUGCUUGAAAUGAUUGACGUCAGAAACAAUUGAACAAAUUCGUAACCUCGCUCUCACGAAAUGAGGCAAACGUGACUACAAAUCGUUCGAUAAAAUUGUCAUUAGGCUUUUGUACAUUAUGCUUUUGCUUCCCUACUAAAAUGCUCCACCUUCAUGCUCCAUUUUUCCCACUAAAAUGCUCGGUCUCCCCAAAAAAGUCACUAAAAUGCUCGGAUAAUGCUCAUUAUACAAACGGUUUUUUAAGAUUAAUUUUAAAGUUUACACUUACAAAAACGUGCAAGUGUUGCAAGUAACAACGACAACGUGUACAAGUUCAUAAAUACAGCCAAAAAAAACAGCUGUGUUAGGUUUUUUGUGAAUUUUGAAUUUUAGUCUUCAUUUUGUUUAAAAAAGCAGGAGCUCAUGAGGCAUAGGCUCCUGAAAAAAGUUAAUUUCUAUUUUAUUUUCUCGGAAAAAUUAAUUUUCCGGGAGAAAUGCCACUAAAAUGCUCGAAUAAUGCUCAAUGCUUUUGCCUCGCUAAAAUGCUCAAAAAAAUGCUACAACCAGUUGCAAAAGUACUUGAGACACUGUACCGUAUUUUGGCAUAAAUGGCCUGUCUAUGAUCUUGUGCUUGCGAUCCCCCCUCCACCCCUUAUCAAAGUUGCUAGCAAUACAAGACCAUACUCAAAACUUGGAGGAACAACUUUGAAUGGGAGGGAGGAGGGAGGUCAGUAUUAUAUUUUACAGACCUGUGACCAGGAGUGAUUUGAAGCAAGAAAGGUCGUUUUUCCGUGGGAGUGUCUCAUCGUUUUUGCAACUGGUUGUAGCAUAAUGUACAAAAGCCUAAUUGUCAUGGUCGCUAAUAAAUACUCCGAAAACGAUAAAGGAAAAAUAACAAACCUUCUUCGUCCAUCCAGGCCUUCUUGUGUACAGAAACCUGCAUUCUCCUGGGCACCUCGAUUCGCAGCUGACGAACGCCUUUGAAUAUCACCUUCGGGGCACGUUUGGCAGUCAUCUUUAACUCGCCGGAGAACAAGACAUGCUGUUGAUUUCUCCAUUUACGGACCAUCGAUUCCGAUAUUCCGUAUUCGCGAGCAAUUUCACGGUUGUUGUUCACGGCUUCUGCUUCUGCUACGAUCUUCAACUUGAAGUUUAGAUCAUAGGAAUGACGACGGGUGCUUGGCAUAAUUACUGAAAAUUUACGGUACGCUGAACGAAUGCUCGAAGACUAAGAUGAGUUUUGCAACUGAUGAAUGAAAGAUCUGUCAGAUGAGUAUUGUUUAUAAACGUAAAAACGGAUCGAUUAGUAUUCAUAACUUGAAACGCUGUUUCCUGAGAGGGAUGACUUGAGUGAAUUAAAAAGUGUGACUUUUAUGUUAUUGUCUGUGUGUGACUUUUUUUGCUAUUGUUUGUAAUGUGUGACUUUUUCGCUUUUGUUUUGAGAGUGAAAGCACCGUAAUUAGUAACUUCUGGAAGCAAAUUGUUGUAAGAACAGCGAACGUGGUCAACAAAAUUUUCCCGUAAUUCUGGGUGCGCCUUAUAACACGGUAUUUAGAUGAAAUUUUGAUUUUGCUUACUUGUCACAAUCGUCUUCGAAAGUUUAGGGUGCGUCUUCUAACCGAGUGCGUCUUAUGCACCUAUCAAUGUAAAGCCGGCGGGGCGGGGGGAGGCAGGGCAUGGGGUGGGGAUUUGAUUGUCUUUGUUGGCCCUGGGGUAGGGUAUUUGACUGAUCUUGUUGUCCCAGGGGAGGGGAUAUUUGAAUCUUUCUUCGCCCGACGUGGAGAUAUUUGACUGCCGACUCGGACGAAAAAGACUGAACAUAUGUUUCCCGCUUCCACGCUUCACGCAUGCGCCGUACGGUUUGAAAAGAUCAGGAAGUCAUGGAGACCAAUGAGAACUAGCCUGUGUACGGACGUCCCCCCUGUUUUAGCGUGUUUUUGAUCAGUUGAAUCUCUUAAAAUACUGUGGUAUCAAAGUAAAUGGAAGAAAAGAGAAACCAAGUCGAUUUUUGCAAGUACAAUUGAUUAGUGAAUGGCUCGUUCGCUACAAUCACAGUAAACUUAUAAAACUGACUUUCUUUGUACCCUUUACUAAGAACGGUAUGAUUUUUAAACUUACAAAAUGUGGACUCUCUCCUAAAGGUUUAUGUAUUCUACACAGUAUAACACGGAUUAUGGUUAAAACGUAUAAUUGCAGCUGUAACAGGAACAUGUAUCUUUGGUGAUGCAGCAACGUUUAUAAAAGAUUCCGGAGUUUUAUUUGGAGAUAUUUUUAUUGUCCCUUUCUUGGGUUCUGCCCUGGGAUUGACAGCAGUGUGCAGCCUGGGGUGGGGAAAUUUGGUUGCAUUUGACUGGAAUGAUUUGCCCGUGGGCAGGGAAUUUGAUUGCAAAUUUUUGAAAAAAGUCAAAUCCCCACCCCAUGCCCUCCAUCCCCCCCCGCCGGCAUUACACUGAUAGGUGCAUUAUAAGUGAAUAAACACGGUACUCUUCCCACCACAUCUGUGGGAAAAGUGUAAGGACAGGAAAUGGGCAUUAACUUGAGAUGUCAGGUUUUUUAUGCAGUUGAUAGAGCACGCUUAAGGCUAGGGUAAUUAAUUAUAAGAAGAGAUUUCAAAGAGGAAAGCGGAGAAAUCACAUCUUCUGUGUACUUCGUGUCACAGACCCAACUGAAACAGUGAUGUAGACAGUUUUAAUUCCAUUUUCAUCUAUGUCUGUAUCCUGAAAAACGUAAAUGUUCAAAAGACCACGUUUCUCAGUUACUUUGGCAGGCUGAGCGUACAAACUGAAUUAUUUUAAAAUGCAAGUUUAUCGUUCAUACAUACAUACAUUCCAAGCAAUGCUGGUGAAUUUGAUAGAAAACCAGUUGCUCUGCCUCUCAUCAGCUGAGACGUCUUGAUCUAAAAUGCUACCUUGAUUGAAUAACGAUAUAUGCCCUUCUUGACAAAAAUUAUUAACUUAAUUUGAUUGUAAGUGAUCAUAAUUAAGUAACUGUAUACUGUCAUAUUGUCAGUCUUGGCCGAGAAGUUAUCAUGAGGUUAAGCCUGGUUUUCACUGGAGCAUAAGCACAAGCACGAGCAAAAGUGUAAGCAAGUGAAAACUGGGUCGACAUAAGCACAAGCAUAAGCACAAGGCCGUGGACCAAUCGUAAGCCACUUUGACCCAGACCUCAUGCGAACAUAUCAAAAGCAGUAUGACGGACGCUACGUCCGCCAUCUUGUUUAUCACUGGGUUGAGGAGAGCUGGUAUCGAGAAUUGAGUCAAAAAUGCCAUUCUGCGCGUGCGUAUGUCUUUAUGCUUAUACUGAUGCGCUUGUGAAAACCAGGUUUAACAAAUUGAGAAAAAUAGGCUUUUUCAAAACAUCCUUGUCACCAUGGUAACGAUCGCAAUCUUACUUCGAAAACGUCAAAUUCAUUGUCCUUAGCGGAUGUAUUCUGUCCAUAUCAAAUAUGAGCAUUAUACCAUGACGACUCUUGAAUGACACUCCCAUUAUCAAACUGUUUUCACCACCUUAAUUAAUUGUGGCUUUUGUAGUAAAUUGUUCCAUUUAAUAUUUUUUUCUGUAUCCCUUGUAAUUCCUUUAUACAGCACGUAUGGAUUGGCCGAAAAGGUGAUUCAAAUUGUUGGCAAAUGAAGACAGACACUGGAAUGAUAGAAAGGGCGGGUGACUGUAACGACCAAAAGAACUAUAUUUGUGAAAUGCCAGCGUCAACAACAAGUACGUUUUCUAUCAUCCACAUCGAGAAGGUUACACUUGCACAUUAUUGCAAAAGUAGCCCAAGCUCAAUACGAGAGCCCUGAACAACAUUAUUCUACGUAGUUAAUUGUUUAUUCAUACGGCAACAACCACAUAAGACGUUGCCUGAAAAUUGUUACUUUUUUCCUAAAAUGCGAAAUGUGCAUUAUGUUUUUCCUAUUAAGCUUUCGUUUGGGAUUUUCUGGUUAAGGUCUAUCAAAUUUUAAUGAAUCACUUCCAAUUUAAUAAAAGCUCCGCUUUUAGGCUUGUCUACAAGUUAUAUUUUCACGCUUUUGCUCCAGAGUUUGAGGUUAGAGACCUUGUCAGAGAUACUCGAUGGUUUUAAAGACUUCUAUUAUUCUGCAUUUAUCUUUAGGUACUGUUUGUUAUGAGUACCCUAGCAGGAAUUCCCCCGUUCCCAUUAAGGUCAGCUGUGCUUUUCCAGAAAACCUUUGUUUCAAAUAUGACAACACAACGGCAAAUGGCGAACAAGUCACCAUUCAAGGCUGUAUAUCCGCUGAUCAAUGCAGACAAUUUGAUGGUCAUCAUUUGUACUGUUGUGAAGGAGAUCUGUGUAAUAGUGGUAAGUAAGCUCAAUUAUAAUGGACACAAAAUAGCUAAAAAUUGUUACUUUAGGUCCGCCGUGCCAUGUUACCCAGAAACAGGGAAAACUUACUUUAUUUUAACGAGGAUCUAUGAAGGAGGAAUAGCCAUGCUUAGCAGCGAAGUAGAUUUUAAGAACCUUUUUGUAAGUUUUCACAAGAUAAUGCACCUGUUUUAAUCAGCGCAUACUCGCACGUUUCCUAUGCCAUUUAUAAUGUAAUACCUUUCCUUGCAGUUAAGAACACCAAAACCGAAAAUCCGAUCCGCGCCAUUUCUAAAGUCAUUUACAUCUCACUUGGUAUCACCUCCACUUUUUUGCUACUGUCCGUGGCUAUUGCUGUCUGGUGCUACAGAAAAAAGAAGCUAAAGACUAUUGAAAGGUUUGUGUAUCUUUUAAUUUGCUAGCCACAUUGUUCGGCGUAAUUUUUUCCAGUUGAAGGUGUAUCAAAAACACUUAUAUAAGCAACAUUUUACUUUCCUAGUAUUUAAUUUUAGCGCGAUGUUAUUGGUUAGAUUACGUCACGUGCCCACUUAGAGCGUCGUGCACCCGCCAUUGACAGUUACAAAGAGAACAAUCAAGCAUUUUGGUUUAGCCAAGGGGCUGAAAACCUAAAACAGACAGUAAGAAAGAAGAGAUUGUGAAGAAGAAUAUCUUGAAAAAUAAAUUGAAAAUUGACUUGACUGAUAAAAAGAUGUUAUUGCGUUCGACGUCGAGAGAACGCAACCUAGACUCAACGCCCAAGAGCCUGAGCACAAACAUUCAGCACAAACAAACUCAACUUUUGGUAGUCUGGGUGAAUUACCGAAAACGAUAGGUUGAAGGCUAAUAGCUAAAGUCCUUGGUUGACAGCUUUCUUCUGAGAUGCCUCUUUCUGCCAGCUGUUUAUUUUGACAGACAACCGCUGUUGAGCCCAUCUUGGAUCAAGAGUUAUCUCUCAUAUCAGAACGAUAUCAAACUAUGCCCAGUCAGUGAGGUUGCAUUUUUGGAAGGCAAAGGCCGGUUUCGAGAAGCGGCGUUUGACCUCUAA